AGGAUACUUUGAAAUUGUCACCCCUGCAUCACUAUAAUAUAUGUCAUGGAUCUGCAAUUCUAAUUUUUGGAGCAUGGGAUGCAGAGGAGCUGAAUGCACUUUUGGCAUUCAAAGAAAGUGUUACAAAUCACAGCAGCAGCAACAUAUUUCUGUCAAAUUGGAGUCAGCGCAACUCUCAAGAACUAUGCUUCUCUUGGGCAGGAGUUUCCUGUAACAACAUCACUAGUCAUGUUCAAGAGCUCAAUUUCUCUGGUUGGAUGCUUGGGGGAAACCUCAGCUCCCUCUUCUCUGGGCUUACUCAUCUCACUACCAUCGACCUCUCUACUAAUGCUAUUCAAGGAGAAAUUCCUGCCCUCAUUGGUAAGUUACACAACUUGACAUCUUUGAAUCUCCAAAGCAACAAUUUAUCCGGCAACAUUCCAAUUGAAAUGGGAAAGCUCUUGAAGCUCAAGUACAUGAAACUAACACAUAAUUUUCUCAGUGGGAACAUUCCAAAAGAGUUUGGAUGCUUGAAAGACCUUCAAUUUCUCAUCCUCUCCUACAAUUUAUUGACUGGGAACAUUCCAAAAGAGUUUGGAUGCUUGAAAGACCUUCAAGUUCUCAGCCUCUCCUACAAUUUCUUGAAUGGCCCACUCCCAAAGGAGCUUGGUUCACUAGAACAAUUGCAGUUUCUUGCCCUUGGCAUGAAUAAUAUCACUGGAGAAAUUCCAGCUGAGCUGGGAAUGCUGAAAAGGCUCAAAUUACUUGGCCUAGAUUACAACUUGCUGAACAGCACUAUACCAGAGUCUCUUGGCAACUGCUCAUCACUGGUAGAAAUACGUAUUGGUCAAAACCCCCUUCUUCAUGGCAAAAUACCAGCAUCCUUAGGCCAGUUGAAGAACCUUGAAUAUUUCUCUAUGUUUGACGUUACAAGCGUUAGUGGGCAAAUACCUCCUGAGCUUGGCAACUGCACCAAACUCCAAUGGUUUGACAUCAAUGGAGACUUCUCCACAGAACCACAUAUAAAUGGUCCAAUUCCCUUGUCACUUCUUCAAAUACCAUCACUGACAACAUUGGGACUCAAUCAUCUCAAUCUUACACACUUGCAAUUGCCUCAAGAAUUGUGGAAUAUGAGUCAGCUUCAAUAUCUUAGCAUGGCUAACAUUGGGUGUGAAGGGACACUUUCUUCACAAAUUGGUGACAUGAUUAAUCUCACUUAUUUGAAUUUGGGGGCAAACACUCAUAUCAAGGGAGUCAUACCGGAGGAGAUAGGCAGAUGUGAGAGCUUGGAGUAUCUUUUUCUUGAUGGUAACAUGUUAAGUGGCCACAUCCCACAUUCGCUGGGAAAACUACAGUACUUGAAGCAGCUUAAACUGGGAAGCAACGGAUUGAGCGGAGAGAUCCCUUCAUCUCUAGUGCAACUCUCCAACCUUGAGGCUUUACAGUUGGAGAACAAUAAUCUUACUGGAGAGAUACCUUCGUCACUAGGACAACUCAAAAGCUUACAACUUUUAUAUCUAUUCAAUAACAGCUUCGUGGGAAGGAUUCCACAAAGCUUGGGGGACAUGAAGGGCCUCCAAAGACUGGAUAUUUCAGCCAAUUUUCUCAAGGGGGAAAUCCCGGUUGAACUGGGAAAUUGCACUUCUUUGCAGCUUCUCGAAUUGUCAAAGAACAACUUGACGGGAGAAAUUCCAUGGGAGGCAUUUGAAACGUUGUGCAAGCACAACCUUCAAACCCUUGGAAUGGAAAGGAACAAGCUGGUUGGACAUAUUCCACGUGUGCUGCUUGAGAACUGCACAAAGCUGGAGCGGCUGAAGCUCGGGAAUAACUCUCUCAAAGGCACCAGCAUUGACGUGAGUAAGCUUCCAGCAUUGAAGAUCCUCUCACUCGCAAUGAAUCAUCUCGAAGGCAGAUUUCCUUUGCUUCCCUCUGGCAACACUAGCUUGGAGUUGAUUGAUCUCAAGAGAAACAACUUCUCUGGUGAGCUUCCUGCCUCUCUUGCUAACCUCCACCAGUUGCGAGUUUUAAGCUUGGGAGGCAACCAUUUUGAAGGCGUCCUGCCAGAUUUCAUUUGGAGCAUGAAACAGUUGCAAGUGUUGGAUGUUUCAGGCAAUCACUUCCAUGGAGAGCUUCCUAUCAAUUCAUUAAGCAAUCUCGAGGGUUUCAAGCCAUUAUUCCCCACUGGGAAUGAUGGGGAUGGGGAUCGCCUUUACCAAGAGUUGUUCCUGCAAAUCAAAGGACGAGAGGAUAUAGGCUAUGAAUAUGUUUUGAAGACGACUACUCUGCUGGACUUGUCAUCCAACUCCUUGAGUGGAGAGGUUCCACCAAACCUUGGGGAUUUAAGCGGCCUUCGAUUUCUCAACUUGUCACACAACAACAUCUCGAGUAGGCUUCCCAGAACACUUGGCAAGCUCAAAUUGCUGGAGCAACUGGACAUGUCAGACAAUCACUUGUAUGGAGAGAUUCCAGUGGAGCUUGAAGAGCUGAACACUUUGUCAUCUCUUAACCUGUCAUCUAACACACUUAGCGGACGCAUUCCUACGGGUGGUCAGUUCGACACAUUCGUCAACUCAAGCUAUGCUGGGAAUCCAAACUUGUGUGGAAGGCCACUGAGCAAAGCAUGCUCUCAACAAAGAGUUGUCAAUGAUGUGGAUCGCCAAGAGGCAAGAUCUGGAUGGUGGGACGAGAAUGUGGAUCCAAUCUCAUUUGGAGUUGGCUGCUCCAUUAGCUUCUUUUUGCAUGUAAUUAGUAUGGUCAUCCUUGCUUAAUAAGAUGCUCAAGAAGACUACUGGGGACUGUGUCCGAGCUCUCAAUCCCUAUUAAUCGCAAGACCCCUUGAGCAUGGCCGUAUGAAGUAAGGCAUCCGCCACGAAAAUAGUCUUCCCUCUUUUUCCUUUCGUCCGUAAAAGUGAUGGCUGAGCUAUUUUGGUCUUACGACCGUAUAGACUACGACAACGAGGAGGAUGACUUGGAAGGUCAACCGUCAGACCGCGGCCUUGCAUCACGACAAACACCUUUCGAAGUACUCCUCAUA